AUGAGUGCAGGUGGUAGCGACCUCGACAAAGCCAUCCAGCAGCUCCGCGCAUGUCGUCCGAUACCCGAAAACCAGGUCCGAGAGCUAUGCUACAAGGCACGCGAGCUGCUGAUUGAAGAAGGUAAUGUAGUAGGCGUGGAUGCGCCCGUGACGUUUCAUGACCUCAUGGAGCUAUUCCGCGUUGGUGGAGACGUGCCAGACACAAACUACCUAUUCAUGGGCGACUUUGUUGAUCGCGGUUUCUACUCACUCGAAUCUUUCCUCCUCCUCUUGUGUCUCAAAGUCCGAUACCCAGACCGCAUAACGCUCAUCCGAGGCAACCACGAAUCACGGCAGAUUACAACAGUAUACGGCUUCUAUGAUGAAUGUCUCAGGAAGUAUGGAAGCGCAAACGUAUGGAGGUACUGCUGUGAAGUCUUCGACUACCUAGCCCUCGGCGCCCUAGUCCAAGGUGCUGCGACAUCUCUCCAACCCACCGAUGGACCUAUCGCAGACAGCAGCAACGCCGACAGCAUGCCUGAUAUCGACCAGGAUAUCGAGAUCGAGACCCUCAACGCCAAUGGCGAGAUCAUGUACCGCUAUGCACGAAAUUCCGACUCCCAAUCCAGUGCUGCUUCUCAGGUCAGCGCAAACAUGGGUUCCUCUUCUCCCGUCGCCCCAACGCCUGGACGUGUCGGACCAGCCGGUACGGGCGCAACCUCGUCCGCCAACGGCUCAUCUCGCAACGACACAGGGGCCAUUUUAUGCGUGCACGGCGGUCUUUCGCCCCUCGUCGACUCCGUUGAUAAGAUCAGACUCCUCGACCGGAAACAAGAGGUGCCUCACGAAGGAGCCAUGUGCGACCUACUUUGGUCAGACCCCGAUGAAAUUGACGGUUGGGGCUUGUCACCGCGCGGUGCAGGCUUUUUAUUUGGUGCAGAUAUUGUCAAAACAUUCAAUCACAAAAACGACCUUAGCCUCAUCGCACGAGCCCACCAACUCGUCAUGGAGGGUUUCAAAGAAAUGUUCGAUUCCACCAUCGUCACCGUCUGGUCAGCGCCAAACUACUGCUACAGAUGCGGCAACGUAGCCGCCAUCCUCGAGCUCGGCGAAGACGGCUCAAACGCCGGUUUCCAACGGCGAUCAAACGGCGACCGAGCCGGUGGUGGUGGCGGCUGGGUCCUAGGCUCCAACGUCGGGCCCAACGGCGAGCGUAGACUUAGUUCCAUGCUCAACGAUAGUUUCCAGAAGAACAGAGAUGGCCCCGGUCGAAGGUAUCGUGUCUUUGAGGCGGCGCCCCAGGAUUCCCGUGGCAUGCCGGCCAAGAAACCGGUGGCCGAUUACUUCCUUUAG